CCGGGGGCCGCAGCCCGCUCGCAUGCCCGGCCUGAGCCCUUCUUGCAGCCCUUAUGCCGGCGGCGGAUGUAACGCUGCUCGCCGCAUCAUUUAUUAUUAUUAAAUAAUUAUUAUUUAAUUUUGUUUGCUGACCGCGUGCCUCCCCCACCCCAUGGAAUGCAGGCUCCGGGAGGGUGAGGCCCUUGCUUUGUUCAUGGACCGAUUCCCAUGAAUUCAGCAAACGGUUCCUGGAGGGAACCCUCAGCCCUGCACUGGGCAGACUCCCUGGGAAGGAUGUAGCUGAGCUGUGUGGCUGGACAAGAGGCCCCCACCCUCCAUCUGUGAGCUCUGCUGCUCUUAUGGGAGCCAUGAAGCUGAAUAAGAAGAGUGUGGCCCACUACGCGCUGAGUUCCCCAGCAGACCACACAGGCUUCCUGCGCACUUGGGGGGGACCAGGCACCCCACCCAUCCCCAGUGGUACUGGCCGAAAAUGCUGGUUUGUUCUCAAGGGCAACUUGCUGUUCUCCUUCGAGAGUCGUGAAAGCCGGGCCCCACUGAGCCUGGUGGUGUUGGAGGGCUGCACGGUAGAGCUGGCUGAGGCUCCCGUGCCUGAGGAGUUUGCCUUUGCCAUCCGCUUUGAUGCCCCAGGAGUGCGCCCACACCUGCUAGCGGCAGAUGGGCAGGCUGCCCAGGAAGCCUGGGUGAAGGUACUGUCCCGGGCCAGCUUUGGCUACAUGCGCCUAGUGGUAAGAGAGCUGGAGAGCCAGCUGCAGGAUGCCCGCCAGAGCCUGGCUUUGCAUCGCUGUGGGUCUCAGAAGGCCAUUGCUGGUCGCAGCAAGCCUCAGGCUCCUGGCCGUUGGUCUCCGGGCCAGGAGAAUGGCCACCUUCGUCCCAGGGACUACAGCUCUGUGGACUGUGUUGAAGAAAGAGGCAGCAAGCCAGUGGUACGAGAUUUACCUGAGUGGGAAUUACAGAGCCCUGCCAGCCUCCUCCUAAGCAGGGGGCAAAGCCCUGUGUCCCCUGAGACCUCCUGUUUCUCUACCCUGCAUGACUGGUAUGGCCAAGAGAUUAUGGAGCUGAGACGAGGGUGGCAGCAGAGGGCCAGGGGGAGCCCGCCCGACUGCAAACCACAGGAGAGGCCCUGACCCUGGGCCUCUGAGCUGUGGUCUUGUCCUGCUGGUCAGGACACCAGGGCCAGUGCUUCCUCAGGAGUUACAUGUUUACUCGUUUCCCAGGUUGCUUUGGGUGUGUAUGGAGGGCUCUUCCUCCGCUGCUUAAGCUUUCUCUAAAUUCAGGAUCCUCCCUGUGCCUGGA